AGCUCCUCAGUCAUCAAUAGCUAUGAGCCACUCUGCAUCCCUCUACUCUACUCCCCUCCCACUUUCCCCCUCCCCAAGACACACACACACUCUUCCCUGCACAGAGCCGGCAGUGGCUGCUCAAGCAGUAGGAGCUUACACUGUUUAAUGCUCCCUGCAUCACUGAACCUAAAGGAUAGAAGAAGAGACAGAUCCUCCUAACAGUCCAUCCUCCAGAGAAGAAAGAGGGAUGAAGGACAAAACCAGGGGACAAAACAGCCUCAAAAGGUAAGAAGGGAAAAGGAAGAGAGCGUUAAAAACAGUGAAUAAGCGAAAACCGGUCAAACACAGGAAAAUCCCUCAUCAGCAUUGCAGCAGCCACUCCAGUGUUUCAGGAGACAAAGGCAGGAGAUCAGCCUGGGCUGGGGACCACAGAGGAGAGGAGAGACUGGAAUGCAACGAUGAGGAAAAGGCGUGUGCUACUGAUGCCCCCCAGUGGCCCUCCCCACUGUGUGGCCGUGCUCUGGCUGUUGAUGCUGCUGUGUCUCCAGGCCCUGGCUGUCUGCCCCCCCAUGUGUACCUGUAACCGCAGCCACAGAGAGGUGGACUGUUCCUGGAGGGGCCUGAGGACGCUGCCCCUGGGCCUGCAGCACAACCUGCACUCCCUCAACCUGUCUCACAACCGCAUCCAUGACCUGGACGGCCAGCUGAGUACCUUCGCCCACCUCCGAACCCUUGACCUGUCCCACAACAGGCUGGUCCGCCUGCCCACCGACCUGCCAAAGGCACUGUGGGAGCUCCACGCUGCAGCCAACCACAUCCACCUACUGGACAAGAAUGACACGGCCUACCAGUGGAACCUGCGGGUCCUAGACCUGUCCAACAAUAAGCUGGAGCGGGCCGUGUUCAUCAACAACACCCUGACCAGCCUACGCCUGCUCAACUUCAGCCACAACCACUUCUGGACCGUGCCCACCAACAUGCCCGCCAGCUUGGAGACCGUAGACCUGUCCCACAACUCCCUGGUACAGAUCCUGCCUGGCACGCUGAACCGGAUGUCCAGGCUGACCACCUUCUACCUGCACUCCAACCGCUUCUCCUCUGUGGGCCCUGAGGCCUUCAGCCAGCUGGGCAGCCUGAGCCUCCUCUCCCUGGGGGACAACCCCUGGGCCUGUGAGCACCAGACCAACAUCACCCACCUGCUGGCCUGGCUCCAGCACACUUUCACCCGCGUGCUUGGCUGCCCCUGCCACACUCACCCCGUCUGUGGAGAGCCCCACCCGGCCAGGACUGGUGGGUGGCACUUUGCCUCCUACACUCAGCCUCCCCUGGCUGCUGGUACUCAGGAGGAGCUGAGCCACCCUCCUCCCCCAGAGGCCCUCACCAGGUGGCCUUGGUACCUGUCCGAGUCUGCCCUGCUCAACACCCAGCUCCACACCAGGAGAGGCCCAGGACGCCCCAGUGGACCAGAGAACAACAACCUCUUCACAGACCACUACCCGUUCACCUCAACCCCUCUGGCCAUUUCCACCCUGRCCACUGACAGGUCCCACACCGACAGCAGCACGUCAAACACAGACGACACCUACAUAACAGACACAACCUUUACUACUGACAGCAUCUACACCACAGAUACAGCCUUCACCACUAACAACCCCUCUACCAUCACAAGGAGAACGGCCACCCUCCGCACCAGGAGUGUCAAGAGGGCCAACCAGGGUGGCUCCCCGGACCACAACACCAGCCCAGCCCCCAGGUCUACACUCCCACUAGUACUGAACCUGUGGCUCCUCCUGACUCUCACCCUGUACGUUCUCUGAAAGUUAAAUUAAAAUGUCUGAAGUUAAAUGUCCUUGUCAGUCUAUUGGACAACUGCACAAACAUACACGAAUGAGUGUCAUUAAACCAACAUUCUGUUUUCUUACCAUUCUGAAUACUGUGUCAGACACUUACUAUCUCUCAAAUGCACUCUUCUGCAUGACUAAUCAACAACAUAUGACAUGCACAGGUAGCAUCGAUGUACAUUUUACACUACCAGUCUACCACUGUACACAUCAUUAUUGGGAUGUUGAAAAACUAUGCUUUAGUAUUCACUAUCUGCAUAACUCUGUUUUCAUCGUUAACUUUUAAUAGUUCCUUAAUGGCCCUUACUUCACCUCCGAGAUGUGUUUGCCUGUUUCUUGACUAUUAAACAGAGUUAUUUCCAAACAUU